GGCGCGCCUCCCGCCGGCCCGGCACCAUGUUCCGCCGAGCCCGCCUCGCCGUGCGGCCCAACGUGCGGCCCGCCGGGAGGGGUGCGGGCGGUGCGGCGGACGCGGAGCCGCAGGGCUCCCCGGCGGCUUCUAGGGAGGAGGCUGCGGCGGCCGAAAACCAGCCGAGCGGGCGGCGGGCCGACAGUGAUGAGAAGACCAACAGCUCAAAUGAUGCUGGAGAAGCUACUAAACCUACAGACAUGCCUACGCAGAGAAGAAAACGGAUUUCCACUAUGCCCAAUCUUGUCAAACCCAGAGCUGGGCCUUCAUCUGAUCUGCAUAGUGCAUCAAAACCACAGAGGCGAGCAUCACAGGCUCCUGAUGGCGGCGCUCCACUUCAGAAGGAUUCUCCUCCAUCAGAGAAGAGUCAUGGUGAAAGCUCUUCAAAGUCUCCCAUGCUACCCGAAAAGAAGACACCUGUGCCACAAGUGCCACAGUUUUCCCCACUGAAAAAACCAGUGAACAAAGAGCAAACUGUAGCCACUCAAAAAAAUGAUGAUCCCUUGCAGAAGAACAUACCCUCCCCACUUAAGGAGAGACCAACACAGGAAACGUCAGUGACACAGGAGGAAAAGCUGCCUCCGAAACCAUCUCCUGUAAAAGAGAAACGAAUAUGUUCUGACCGUGAAAGGAUCCUCAAAGCUCGGAAGUUACGAGAAAUGCUUAAAGAAGAGCUGAAGAAAGAACGGAUGAAACAAAUGAAACACAGGCCUCCAAUAAUUGAAGGGUGUUCUCCACCAGAUCGCUCUAAAAUGACCAUGAGAGACUUGAUAUACUAUCUACCAGAAAACAAUCCUAUGAAGUCUUCAUUAGCAGAAGAAAGGAGAACAGAAAAGAAUUCUGCACUGGGUCAAAUGAAAGAACAGGAAGAGAAAAGUACUCCUGAUCAUGAAGAGGAAGAUGAGGAAGAGGCAGAGAAUGGGGAGGAAAGUCAGGAUGGUCCACUUCUAGUUCCUCGUGUGAAAGUAGCAGAAGAUGGUUCAAUUAUUCUGGAUGAAGAAAGUUUAACUGUAGAAGUUCUAAGAACAAAAGGUCCCUGUGUUGUAGAAGAAAACGAUCCCAUCUUUGAGCGUGGCUCUACAACUACGUAUUCCAGCUUCAGGAAAAGCUUUUAUACCAAACCAUGGUCAAAUAAAGAAACAGACAUGUUCUUUUUAGCUAUCAGUAUGGUUGGAACAGACUUUUCCUUGAUUGGACGAUUGUUUCCUCACAGAGCCAGAGCAGAAAUUAAGAACAAGUUCAAACGUGAGGAAAAAGCAAAUGGAUGGAGAAUAGACAAAGCUUUCAAAGAAAAGCGGCCCUUUGAUUUUGAGUUGUUUGCCCAGCUGCUUGAGAAAGUCUUGGCAGAUGAGGAAAAGAGGAGGCAGAAGAAUGUUAAAAGCCAGAAGCCAAAGGAAAAGAAGCCACUAAGGCCUCGGAAGAAGCCAAAAGCAAAAGUUGCCAACACAGAAACUACUGAUAAUGAAGAUGACUUUCAGGAAGCCAGAAUUUCUGAUGCAGAAACAGAAGCAGAUACUGUGACAGCUGAAAAGGAGAAUAAGGGAUCGCUGAGCACUUCUGAAGAGCCAGAAGAACAAGUUUCAUUAGAGCCAGCAUCAGUGAAUAAAAAAAGAAAAAGGAAGAGAAAAGAUGAUCUUGAACAGGAAGUGGAAAAUCAUCCAGAGUUGGCUGUCCCUUCAAAAAUUGCUGAGGAAGGGAAAUCAUCUAAGAAAACAGGAAAAAAAAUAGUCAAUGAUACAAACACUACUGGUCGUACUGUCUGCAGAGAAGAACUGGGCAGUGUUAUUGAGGAAGAAGAAGAAGAUGAUCUACCUGCUGAAGAGGAGGAGAGAUCACAGUCCUUUUUACCAAUGGAUGACAUAACAGAGAGAGAAAGUGAUGUCAAUUUAUCCGGCUUUCAAGGUAGCAGUGAUGUUAAACUAGUAACGGAAUCUACUGAACUGGGGAGCCUAGAUAUCGCAGGUGGUGUAUCACAGGAAAUUCAGCUUUCAGAGUUUCCAGUUUCAAGAACUAGAAGCAAAGAAAGACAGCCUGAAGAAGCUAGAGAAACAACGAAUGUAGACACACAUGGUUUGCAUAAGCCAGAGGAAAAGCAGAAUGCAUCAGAAGGUGGUUCUCAGUCUCAAAUAAUGAAAACUGAAAAGCCAGCAGAGAGAAGGCGCUUGCAAAAACCUAAACCCAAUAUAAUGAAGUUUUCUGGUAAGAAAGAAGCAGUAAACCGUGAGAAAGAAGCAGUAAACCAUGAGAAAAUGGAGGCUGAGACUUCCUCUCCAAAACUUGUGAAUACUACUGAACAGUGCUCUGAGCAAGACGGUGGAGUAAACAGAAAUGAAAUCACAGAAGCAGAGACCAUGGAUUUGGGUACUAAAUCUGAAGAGCCUGAGAAAACUGUGUUUGCAGUGGCAAGAAUUAGAGGAAAUCGACAGAGAUUUAAGCCUAAUCUUACAGGAGCAUCUGGAAGAAAAGAGAAUAAAAACAGCGCAGAAGAUGGUAAAACGUCCCAUCCAGAGUCUAAGGAAGAAAAUGAAAAGAGUACUGACCAAAGUAAUAGCUUGGAUGUUACCAGUGGAGAAGCUGCAGAAAAAGAUGAUAAAGUCUUGGAGAUGGUGUCUCAGUCUAAUGAAACGGCUGGUUCGCAAGAAGACAGCAAACAGAGUGUGCUGAAACCAGCGCCUUUAAAAAGAGGCCGAGUGCAGAAACCAAAACCAAAUCUAGGAAGGGCUGUUGCAUGGAAAAAAGACCACAGACAUGAAAAAGAUCCUGAAGAGGAGAAGGUUGAAGGUGGAGGAGCAGAAGAACAUGUGAUACACCAUGUGAAUGAAAGCAAUGAUUCAUGUCACAAAAAUGAUAUGGCUGGUGCUCCCAAGACAAGUCCACAGAAGCUAAAAGCUGUGGAAAAUGAAAAAGGAUCUUCAGAUGUCUUGAAAGAUGUUUCAGAUUUCAGUACAGGGGAGUCUGGUCCUGAGAACCAAGAAGACAAAACUGUUACUUCAUCAGUUCGGUUACUGAGGAGUCGAUUCCAUAGACCAAAGCCAAAUUUCAGAACAGCUAGUAGAAAGGAAGUGAUGGAUAUAAAUAAAGGUGUAUCACAGGAUACCAACAAGAAAGAAAGUUCGAUGCAGAGCACUCACGAAUGUUGCAUCCUUCCUGAUAUAGAUAAAGCAGAAAACUGCGGAGUCCUGCAAUCAUUGGAAUCUCUAGGAAAGGAAAAGUCAGUUAGCUCUCAGGAUGUUUCUGAGAGCUCAAGUUUUAAGUCCCCAGACACACUUUCCGGAUCAGAGUAUGGCAAAUUGGAGGCUUGUCUACCCGUAGAUAACCAAAAUGAGACCUCAAGUACUAGUGCUGGCAUCAAUAGAAAAAUCACAACUGAAGAUGAAAGUAAACAAACACCUCUUCAACCUGUCCAAUUAGUGAGGAGCAGAUUCCAGAAGUACAAACCCAACUUGGGAAAAGAUGUUGGAAGGGAGCAAUUACAAAUACCAGAAAAUAACGAGGAUAAAAAAUCUGAAGCAGAUGACGUGGAAGUGCAAAAACCCGAGUCUGCUUGUAAUGUGUCUGCUAUUGGUGAAAAUGAAGCUGCAUUGCAUCAAGCAAAUGUAUUGAGCAAUGAGGAACAGCCACAGCAAGAGCUUCCUCAGGUGCCCUGUAUUUCUGAAAACGUAUUGUGUGAACAAAGCAGGUCUAAUGAAAAAUUAAGUUCUGUAGAAGACAGUAAGCAAUGUGAUACAAAACCUUCACAGCAAGCAAGGGUAUCCUUCAGGAGCCCAAAGCCAAACCUAACAAGAGCUCAUAGAAAAAGGGGUCAUUCUGAAGAAGAUAGAAACAGAAGAGAUGAAGACAACGCUGAGACUAGAAAUGCAGAAGAGCAUUCGUUAGAAAAAACAGGUGUAUCAAUGCAAAACUCCAGUAACAUAGAAGAUGCAGCAUCCUUCACAGAGGCUACAAGAAAACAUCAUUUUCCAGACUCCGUUGAGGAACCGUCCUGUAAAAGAAUCAGGCAGAAUAGUAGUUUCCAGUCUCCAGAGAUAUCAUUAGAGAGUGAGAGUCAAGAAGAACAAGAAGAUUCUCAGCAAAAAGAAUCAGACAGUCAGACAAGAAGACAAUCUGGGAGGUCAUCAAAACAGAUAGCACUACCGAAACAUGGAUUAGAGCUAAGAACUGGUUCAUCUUCUGCCUCUGAAUGUGGGGCUGAUUGCUGUGAGAAGGAGAAUCAAAGACAAGAAGUGAAAUUGAGUGUUACUAGAGGCAAAAGCAUGAAAGCUGCACACAGAAAGAAACCUGUGAAGGAGCAGAGAAGUUCAAAAACAAACAGCCUGGUGACCCUUCGGGCUUCUCAAGAGGAUGAGGAGGAAGCAGAUGACUUUGAGCCUGAUGAUGAAGAUGAGUGUUUUGCUCUAGAGGAAGUAAAUAAAGCUCCAGUGUUUGUUCCUGUAGGUCUUAGAUCUCCUAAGCCUAUUCCUGUUCAGAUAGAGGAAACGAUGGAAGAGCUGGAUAUAUCUGUGAAUAUCCCAGAUGUGCCUGUGGCUACUGAUGUAGAAAGUCCUUCUCAUGUGUGUGUCCAGCCAGUCAUACAGAAGGAGGAAAAAGGGAACACUUUACCAUCUGAAACAACUGUACAUGAAAAUCCAGAAGUGGACAAAGGAGUUAGUGAUGGAAGCACUGAAGCUGCCAUGACUUUACUUGCAAUGGGUGAUCCAACGUUCCAGUUAAAAGCAAGCACUGAAGAAUGGACAUGCAUGUUACCUGCACAAGAUGAACUGAACGUGGCCAAUAGCCUUGUGACCCAUGGUGACUCAGAGCAAAACAGAGCUCCUAAUCAGCAUGUAGUUUCUUCAGCUACUUCUGCCAAGGACCCUUGCAAGGAUGGAAGCAAUAUUAAUGUAGAGAAUCAGAGCACUGAUGCAGGAACAGCUGUUGAAGAAUAUUUUGAGAAAAACGCAACAGAUACCAGCAAUAGCUCUCUGCCUAUUGUGAGUAGUAUGAGACCGAAAAGAUGCGAACUCCAGGAGUCAAAUCCAAACACUGGAGUACUGAAGUCUAACGAAAGUGUAAUUCAGAAGCCUCUUAAUACAAAUGUAGUUACGGAACAACUAGUCUGCGAUGGAAGUGAGUCUACGGACUUGAGAGGUACUACAGAAACGCAGAAGGCAGAACAGGUCAGGGUUGGACCAACUUCAAGGGAUACUUCAGUUCUUCAAAAUUUUGCAACUAGUAUGGAACUUGUCAAGCAAAUGGACAACAAAGAGAGCACACGGGAAGAGAUGAAAGAUGUUUGUGGAACUUCAGGGAACUUGUCACCAGAAUGUGAGAAAUCUCACCUUGGACUAGAGGAUUAUCUGGAUGAAAGUUCUGUGGACAGACCAGCUCUGCAAAAUCCUUGUCCUGCCAAGGAUAGUCAAUGUGCAGUCAGCUUUCCUCAGAAUGAAACACAUGCUCGGGAUUGUGAACAGCAACUUACAAGCAGCACAGAAGAGACUUCAGCGAGUGAUGAUCAUAGAUGUCCAGAGGAAGAACAGACAUUCAUUUUAACAUUGGUGGAAAUCCUUGCUGACUCAGAAGAGUUCGAUACGUCUGCUUUGCAGGAACAAACUUCAGAACCAUUACUACCAGCACCUAUACUUAUCAGUCCAGUGAAAUCAAGUGGAACCAGCUUGACUGAAGUGGAGAGCACUGGAUCCUCGACACCUGCAGCUGAUGAACUUGGUGAAUGUUCAAACAGCAGUAUGGAAACCAAACGACAACAGAGUGCUUCAGUAGAGCCUGUUCUAAAUUCGGUGCGGACAGCGCAAAAAAGGUCAGCUGCUGAGCUUGCUGAAAACGAUUUUCCUCCUGUCAAGAAAAGCAUAUCUGCUGCAGUGGAGGGUAACGUGGAAAGCCCUUGUCAGGGUUAUUCAAGUAAUUCCACAAAUACUCAUACAAGAACUUCUGGUAAUCCUUUUCAAAAAGCAGGGGCUUCAGCAAAGAAAACUGCACUUACUUCUGCCUUGCUGUCUGAGUCUAUUUCACCAGCAGAUGAGAGAAGCCAGUGUGAAACUUCAGAGAAUUUAGGAAAAGCAUCAUUUCUCAAUUUAGCAUCCAGUCAAGAAGAGGAAGUAACAUCUAGGUCAACCUUCAGCAGAAAAACAGAAAUAAGUGCACAAGGAAAACUGGGAGAUGUGCAUGAAGCAGCACAGUUGGAACGUACUGAAAGUCUAACAGAAUCUUCAAAAACUCCAUUACUCAGAAAAAGUAGUUCUGAAACUGCAGAAGAAAUGCAAAGAAAGAGAGGAAAGAUCGCGAGCCCACAGACUGGGACCACAAAGCAAAGUCCGAAAAAAUCAACUCCAUCCAAUAAGGAUGAUAGGGAAUCUUGUUCCGUUCCCUCUGGAAGCACAUCAUCAUUUGUGGAGAAUGACAAUGUAACCACUGAUGCUGUAGUUACGGUUCCAAAUAAAGAACCAUCUGAGAAGCCUCCCCAUUCUGCUGAAGACCAAGAGAACGAAGAGGAGCCAACCAAAAUCUCUGAGUAUUUUUUCAGUGACAUCUUUAUGGAAGUAGAUGACCCAGAAUAGCAAAUUGGCUUUAUAAAAAUGGUGGGAUCUUAGUACAAAUAAAUCUUAGUACUAAAUAAAAAGUUAAUAUUUUUUAUGAAAACAUUACUUAUUUAAUAUGAAUUAUGCUAAACAAUAUUAAUUUACCAUCAAAAACCACCAAUUACUGUUGAGAAUUGAAUCAUUUUCUUCUAAAGUAAACUGGAUGCUUUCAAAAGCUUGACAUAACCUAAACUCCUAUGUUGGUGUCAAUGGACCAGAACAGUGGCUGCAGGAUUAAUUUUCACUUGUUUGGAUUUUGAUAAUGGGUGCAUGAUUGUCUUCCAGAAAAGUGCAAUGCAAAAAACGCUUAUUCUUGUGACAGCUGUUCCUUUGAAUUUAAUGCUAUUUUUUGUGGUACUGACUAUACAAGUUCUUUACUUCUUUUUGUGAAGUAUGCUGUAUUAGUAUGUUAGCAGGAGAAAUGAACCUUCUAUUUAAAGUGUAAUCUUAGUAUAUCAGGAUGCAAAUACUGAAAGUACCAUAAUAAAUACAUAGGUCUGUUCAGCACUGCAGGUAUUUUUAUUAGCAUCUCCAAAUUACGUAUUUUUGUAUUUAAGAAGUCUUACAUAAGUUAGAAGACCCUAGCCUGAAAAGCCAAAUGACUUUAGCUCCUUUAAAGUGUAUAGCGGAAAACCCUGAAAAACAUUUCAUUUACACAGUGAUCAUCUUUGGAACUGUCCUAUUGGAAUGAGAGGAAGAGGUUAAUGUUUCUUAAUAUAAAUGCCAGUUUCCUUCUGUUGUGGUUCAACCCAGCAGGCAGUUAAGCUCCACGCAAAGUGGGAUGAGGGAGAGAACUGGAAACGCAACAGAAAUCGUGGGUUGAGAUAAAUACGAUUUACUAAGACAGAAAAGGAAAACGAACUCAAACAUGCAAUAACAGAUAAAAAUCUCCACAAUGCAACUACUUAUCACUCACCACCCAACAACCGCAUGCCGGCUGACGCCCUGCUAGCAGCACAAGGUCUCACUGCCUGCUGACUGAUGCCCAGCCAACCACAAGCAGUGGCCCCUUCCCCACAUCUUUACAGCCUUCUGCAUGAUGUCGCGUGGGAUGGAAUAAACCCCCUGCUUAAUUCAGGCCAGCCAUCCUGGCUCCCUCCUGUGUGGUGGCUCUUCCCCACCAAGCCCUGGGAUUGCAUACGUCUCUCAGCAAGAACCACAGCUGUGCUGUCAACAUUGUCUCGGCUGGAACCAGGACAUCUUCUAAAUUUGAAAACAAAGGGGUUAGGUGCCAUUUCUUCUUGUUUCUACACGUAGGUGUAUAUGUCUGUAGUGAUGUCAUUUGUUUCACUUGUCUGAAGCAUCACAAACAACUGAAUUUAAGCAACAGUGAGGUUGCUUUAAGGAUUUGCUACUUGGAAGCAGUUGAAUUUGAACCAUUUUCCUCAUGUUCCAGGUCUACUUGUACUGAAACUCACCGUAGAAUUUUGGUGCACCUUGAGAUUUUAGCUUGUUUUCUUGCUUAGGAAAAUUAUCUUGUUGAAAUAGAAAAGUUGUUUUGAGUUCUUUCAGGUGGCCACUAAAAGGUUAAGUGAUUCUUAAACUUUAUUACACGAAAAUGAGCAUGUAGAUGUAAGUAGUCCACCUUUUUCUCCAGUUACUUAAUAACAGCAAGUAUUUUUGCAAAAGAAAUUGUUAUAAAAGAGAAAUUUGAAUUGUAUUAUGCUCGGCAGAAACCCGUCUUCAGUUUGGGGCUGGUUAAUAGUUUACUUGCAGAUGUUCUCAUGUAAUUAUACUGAAUUUUGAAAUACUUCAUGAAGUUUGAGAAUGUUUGGCAGUGCUUAUGAAGGAACAUUUAUAACUUUGUCAAUAAGGAAAAAUACAAGGAAAAACUACUGCUAUUGCUAAUUGCUGUACUAGGCCUCUGUCAACCAAAUGGAGUUUGUAACAAGAUCUGCUAGAGGUGGUGAAAAGGCUGGUGGUCCCAGCGUGACUUACUGGAAAGCAUACUGUCAGAUAAAGACAGAACAAACAAAAACCCUACGCACACAAAGGUAAUCCACCACCACCAGCUGCUGUUUGGAAAUCUUGGAUCUUUUGUUCUGCCUAACACACUUAAAUGUUUGUGUCUUGUCUUACUGUAAACGUUAUGAAAUAGAUUAGUGUAUACAUGAAGUUCAGUGUGUAUCUUGUAGAUACUUCAUUUAAGCGAGUGCUUAGUUCUUAACACACGUGGCAUGUUUCAAUCCCUUUUGCACUGACAUAGCCUAAAAACACAUUUCUGGGGAUUUGGCUAUGAAAUAAUUGCCAUAAGUAUUUUAUGAGCUGAUAACCAUUAUGCUUCUCAUUGCGUACAGUUUGGCUUGCAUUUGUAUUACAGGCUAAAAAACAGUAACGAAAUAAUGAAGAUUUAAGGUGCCUUAUCUAUCUUGUUAAUUGAGGCUACACUUUUUUUUCCCUCCAUUAAACCAUUUGCACUUUGUUUCAAAGAACAAGUUUGAACAGAGACGAGAGAAGGUUGUGCUGUGUUCUGUCAUGGUGGAGGGGAUCGCAGUGAAAGAACCGUGGGAUCUCAGUGCUGACUAAACCUAGCGUUUCUACAGCAGCGUGGCCGAGACUUCUGCCUGAAGGUGUCUGUCAGCUGCAUAAUCGCGUAUACGCUUUCUGUUUCAAAGAAAGUUGUCACAGUCUGUAUGUAAAUUAUGUAAAUAAAUUAUUUUAUAUUACCGA